GGUUACCGGCUGCUCACGCUUUCCAACACGAGGAGGAAAGAAAAACGGAUGGGGUUUUUAGAGAAGUCCAAAGUCACGCUCACGAUACUCUGUGAAGGCGACACAGUCGCACCAGCCUCCACUGUGACCGGCGCACUUCAGGUGGAGGUGCACCACGAGGUCGUCUUCACCGCACUGCGAAUACGCCUUCGUGGGAAAGAGAAGUUCUACGUGCAGAGGCGUGACGCGCAGGGUCACACCUACACUGAGCAUCGCCACUUUACGCAUGUGGAGGAGGUGCACACCCUCCUCGGGGCGCCAGUGGGAAGUGCCAGCUCGGGCUCCACACAGCUCGCACCCGGCACGUACGUCUACCCUUUCUCCGUGCUUGUGCCCUCGCAGGCACCGCCGUCGUUCAAACGCUGUCGACACGAGUACGGCUGCACGCUCGCCUACAAGCUCAAAGGCCUCCUCGACAUCCCACACGGGUUUGAUGCGGAGGUGGAGUACGACCUCACCGUGACGCAGGCGGUGCCCAUCUCGCAACUCCAGCCCGCCCGACAGAAUUUGAAAGCGUUGCCCCUGUCGGAGGCGCACAUCGCCAAGUGCCGGUGCUGCGGCUCUUGCUUCUGCUGCGUGGACGAGGAGUCCUUCAUCCGGACGGAGGCGGCGAUAGCGCCAGAGAUUGUGCUGUUGCACUCGCACGUGCAGCUGCCCGCAGUGACGGCCGUGUCGUCGAGCUUCAAUAACGCGGAUGGCGCUGAUGCACUGGUGAGUGCGAUGCCGGUGUCGGCCGACGCCACCGCCGCUCUUCUGCGCAUUCGGGUGACGAACUUUGCGAGGGAUAAGGCACUAAGUCGGUGUAAGGUGACCAUGGCGCAGCGGCACAGCUUUCCGCGCGACGACUGGUGCACCUACAAGGACACCUUCACGUUCUUUAAGCAAGAGGUGGUGUUUCCAGCGGGGCCGUUGGGCACUGGGCAGACAGCCACCGUGGAGGUCCUCCUCCGCCUUGACGAGGCGCACGCGGGUCUACCGAGUGGGGAACGGCUGCUGCCGUGCCUGGCCGUGAAGCACUUCUCCAUCUUCACGGAGCUGCAGAUUACCUUCCCGGAGGUGGCUGCGGAGGGGACGAUGUGGGAGUCGAAUGCGCUGUUGCUUGCCGACGAGGUGGACAUGACGAGUCAAAGUCUGGUAAUACCGCACACCUACGACCAAGAGCUUCGCGUGGCCGGCGAAGCACCGCUAGUGUGA